UCACGCGGUGGCUCCCCGGGCAUUCCCUUGAGCCCCUCCCACUCCUACUGGCUACUGGGUCUUGGCAGCCUCGCAUCCACGCCGCCAUGCUUGCAUCGGCUAGAGGUGGUCUGCGUUCACGCGACCUCUCUCCAUCAGGCCGAGGCUCGCAGGAGCGGCGUUCAGCGCCCGGCGCCCGCACGCAGGCCAUUCCUUGACGCCCGUCGCCCGGCGCCCUCUCUUCCGUCGAGCAAGAUCUCUCUUCCCUCACCGUCUGCUUGGUAGCUGUCGCUGCUGUGGAAGUUGCUCAGAAAUUGUACUCGAAUCCACAAAUUGUAGGUUUGACUUGUACUAGACCAAUCCGAGCUCGCCUCUCCCGGAACCUGCCGCAAACCAGCAAGAAGAAACGUUUCGCGGUCGACAAUAUUCCCGAGCAGAGAUGUCCAGUACCCGACAAACGGCGUACGAAUCAAAAGCGGCCGGGGGACUAUCGCCGGCCGGUCAGGUCUCCGGAGAUGCAAAUAACCUGCCGUGUUCGCGGUCGCUGCCAUCCUUUUGAAGUGGAACGACCGGCGAAGACUUGUCGACGCUGGUUGGAGUCUUGGAGAAUACAUGGCUCGCAUAGGCGCACGCCGUGGGGGGCCUCCGCUUACUUGGAACAGUCGCGGGCAGGCUAAGAUGAGGGAGGCGCUCGGCAUCGCGUUCGCGGCCGCCCUGGCGUCCCUGUUCGUCGUCCUGCUCGGCCUCAUCCUGUUCCGGCACUGGUGGCUGCGCCGCGGCGCCGUCCCCGCGUCCAACCGCGGCGGCUUCGUCCUGUUCGACGUCUGCCUCCCCGACGACAGGCAUCUGCCACGCGCCGCGAGGACGCCGUCCGUGGAGCGGAGCCGGUGGCGGGAGCGCGGGGACAGCGGCGGCGAGGCCGCCGCGGCGGCGGACGAGGCGGCGGGGCCCGGCGAGGGCGAGAUCGCGCGGUGGAAGAAGAUCUUCGGGGGCCCCGCGAGGUGCCUGUCCACGAUAGACGAGGGGACGGAGAAGGGCGGCACGACGGCGGCCACGACGCCCGCGUUUUGCACGCCGCCGGCGUCGCCCGACCGCCGGGAGGCCCGCGCCCGGCCUCUCGACAUGGCUUCCGUCGCGGCGCAACUUAAGGCUUAAACACGAGACGGCUUAACACCAUGGAAAAUGAACGCGCCAUAUCCAUGAUUGAACAGACCGAGCGUAGCUCGGUUGGCGGAGCCUCCCGUCAGCUCGCCCGCCCGGGCUCGAACCGGACGUGCGCAAAAAAAAAGCCUCGCUAGCAGUUCGGGUUUUUUUUCACGACCAGAAGUUGGUGUAACUUUCUCUUAAUGAAAUACGGUGGAACCGUCAUAUCCCCAGCCGUAUUUUUUUAUAUCCAUGAUCGAGCAAAUUUAUCAUCGGUUUUAA